AUGCACAGGCCACCAGAAGGAGUGCAGGGAGCCCGGGUCACCCAGCUGCCCUCCAUCAAGCUGGUGCUCAAGGAGCUGAGUGGCCGCAAUGCUGCAACGACACUGGACGCCGGCAGCCUGGAGAAGCUGCUCCAGCGCCAGGCUCAGGUCAGGGUCACUUGCGGUGCAAUCUCACCCAUCCCCACCUCUCACACACGGCCAGGGGCUGAUGCAGCUCGCCGGGGGCCCGUUCUGCUGCAGGGCUGCUUGGUGAGCGCAGCACAUUUCUUGCAGGCUGGUGCCAAGCAGCUGACACCUCCCGUCCCCUCCGGCAGUCGAGGCGGACGUGGCCACGUGGAUGCAGGUGGGACCCGCAGGAGCAGGAGGAGGCUGCCCUGGCCAUUCGCGUGGCCAAGGACCUCGGCUGCAGCAGAGGCGCCGGGGCCGUCGGGCUCUGCUGGCCAGGGGGCUCUCUUUGGCCGGGCUCUGGCAGCUCUCUGCAGCCAGGACGGCACGCUGCCCCAGCCCAUCCAGGACCUGCUGGCUCUGCUGAACGAGCACGGGCCAUCCACAGAGGGGAUCUUCCGUCUGGCAGCCGGCGAGCGCGCCUCCCGGGAGAUCAGGGAGGCCCUCGACAGUGGCGUGGAGGUCCAGCUCCAAAGCCAGCCUGUGCUGCUGCUGGCUGUCAUCUUCAAGGACCUCCUGCGGAAGAUCCCCUCCAAGCUCCUUGACGUCCAGCUGUACGAGGAGUGGAUGAGCGCCCUGCAGCAGACCAGCAGGCAGGAGAGGCUGGCAGCACUGAGAGAGGUGGCCAGCAAGUUACCCGAGGCCAACCUGCUCCUGCUCCGGCACUUGCUGUCCCUGCUCCAUAACAUCAGCGGGAACGUGGCCACCAGCAAGAUGACAGCCAGAAACCUGGCCAUCUGCCUGGGGCCAAACCUCCUCAGCCCCCCGCAGGAGCUGCCCCUGGAUGUCCUGGUGCAGGAGAUGGGGAAGGUGACGCAGCUCGUGGAGUUCCUCAUUGACCACCACGAGGAACUCCUUGGGGAGGAGGUGGCUGGGCUGGCCAGCAAGGGUGACGAGGAGCCACCAGCACCGCAGAUGGCACCAGAAACAGCAGAGGUGCCUCCUGUCGCUCUUGAAAGCAACCACCAGAACAGCUCUUCCGGGGAGAGAAGGUGCCCAUUUACUGCUUGGAUUCCCCGGAUGAGCUCUGCUGCCUGGGCUUCCAGUUCCACCCUGCGGCCCCAGCACCACCUCGGCGGCGGCGAGGGCAUCGUCACCGUGUCCUUCUGCUCUGGCCGGAAGGUUCCACCAGCUCGGCCCGGGGCCAGAGCAGCGCCCUCAGACCCAUCCCAGCCCUCGCAGGAGGCCUUGCGGGCUCACUCCUCAGCUCCGCCAGCAAAUGCCCACCCGCUGGCACAUCUCCCCAAGUGGGGAGCUGGCCUCUGA